CGGGGCCGCCGUGUAGGUCUGGAGAGGUUUGGUGAGCGGCGCUGGUAAACACUGAGCACCUCGUGUCAGAGAGGAGUGGACGGCGCAAGAGGGGUCUGCAGCCUGGAGGACGGGUGGGCCUGCUGUGUGCACGGCGCUGUGUAGGACGCUGUGAGCAGCCAUCAUGGCGGCAGACACCAUCAUGCUGAUGAGAGGCCUGGCUAAGCUCGGUAAGGCGGUGCUAGAGGUGCAGAAGGGUCAGCUGAAGCAGGCGACGCUGGCUAAAGAUGCUGUCAACAUGGCAAGGAGCGUGCAGGUGAUGGCCGAGGAACGAUUCAGCGCCGUCAUGGGGGGAUUCCAGGAAUUUGGGAAGCAGCAGGAGAACCUCUCUGGGGAGGGGAUGGACAGCUUUGAUGGCCCGGCCUCGGAGAUUGCCGGCAUGGAGUACUCGCCCUCUUCCAGCCGCACUCCUGAUGAGACCGGUAUUCCCAGUGCGAGCAGCAACUUUACCAGCCGUGGGCAAGAAACAGUUUCCUUCCGUCCAGACCCCGCCGGGAACAAUGGGGUGUUAUUUGGGAACUCUAGAGACAAUGCGGGACCUUUUGCAGUUGCUGGACAGAAAAGGGCUUUUCACCAGGAUCAUUCUUCUGUCAGUGGGCUUACAGCGGAGGACCUCGAUAAAGCCAGGGAGGCCAAGUCCACCCCAAAACACAAGCCUCAUAAACAAAUGCUCAGUGAACGAGCGCGUGAGAGGAAAGUGCCGGUGACACGGAUCGGGAGAUUGGCAAACUUCGGAGGGCUGGCAGUUGGUCUGGGCAUCGGAGCUCUUGCAGAAGUAGCAAAGAAAAGCUUAAGUCCGAAAAAUGAAAACGAUGGUAAAAAAUCUGUCAUGGAAUCCAGCCCCUUCUUAUCGGAAGCCAAUGCGGAGAGGAUCGUGAGGACCUUGUGCAAGGUCCGUGGUGCUGCCCUGAAACUCGGCCAGAUGUUAAGUAUUCAAGAUGAUGCCUUUAUCAAUCCGCAGCUGCAGAAGAUCUUUGAAAGGGUGCGGCAGAGCGCCGAUUUCAUGCCCUUCAAGCAAGUGAUGAAAACCUUAACCGCCGACCUGGGGCCCAACUGGAGGGACAAGAUGGAGUUCUUCGAAGAACGACCAUUUGCCGCCGCAUCCAUCGGACAGGUCCACCUGGCUCGCCUAAAAGAUGGGAGAGAAGUCGCCAUGAAAAUCCAGUAUCCCGGAGUGGCUCAGAGUAUUAACAGCGAUGUGACGAAUCUCAUGACCGUCCUCAAUAUGAGCAACGCUCUACCUGAAGGGCUCUUCCCUGACCAUCUGAUAGAAGUCCUGAGCCGAGAGCUGGCCCUGGAGUGUGACUACAAGAGGGAGGCCGCCUGUGCAAAGAAAUUCAAGGAGCUGCUGAAGGAUCACCCCUUCUUUUACGUACCCGGCGUUGUGGAUGACCUGUGUAGCGCACAUGUCCUGACCACGGAACUAGUAACUGGUUUCCCACUUGACCAAGCAGAGGAACUGAGCCAGGAGACACGCAAUGAGAUCUGUGAGAACAUCCUGACUUUGUGUCUCCGGGAGCUGUUCGAGUUCCGUUUCAUGCAGACCGACCCCAACUGGUCCAAUUUCUUUUAUGACCCCGAACUGAAGAAGGUUGCCCUGCUGGACUUCGGAGCAACACGUGGCUUUGAUGAGGAAUUCACAGACAUGUAUAUCGAGGUAAUUCGAGCAGCAGCCGACAAAGACGGUGAGAAGCUCCUGAGGAAGUCGGUUGAGAUGAAAUUCCUCUCUGGUUACGAGUCGAAGGCUAUGGAGACCGCUCACCUUGAAGCCGUCCUGAUCCUCGGCGAGGCCUUUGCUUCGGACACCCCAUUUGACUUUGGAUGCCAGAGCACCACGGAGAGGAUCCAUCGCCUGAUCCCCAUCAUGUUAAAGCAUCGGCUCAUCCCGCCGCCAGAAGAGACCUACUCCCUGCACCGCAAGAUGGGGGGAUCGUUCCUCAUUUGCUCCAAGCUGAAGGCUGCCAUCCCCUGCAAGAAUAUGUUUGAGGAGACUUAUAAGAAUUACUGGAAGGGGAAGGAGCAUAAGAAGCCUUAAAGGGGCCCGGACAGUUUUUGUUUUUCUUUCCACCCUCUGUAGCGCUCUAAUCACUGUGCUGCUUCAUGUCAAUUCUUAAUAGAGCGCACCCAGUGAGGGGCCGAGUCCCGGCCGCCAUAAUCUCCUAAGACCCAAAGACGUUCUUGAUCACUGGCUCCUUAUGGGCCCUGAACAGGAAGCAGACUGAUAUCCCGGAGCUGAGGAAGUUCUUGGAGGAGACAUUUCUCAUCAUGGAUGCGAUUUGGAAUGACGGGAUUGUGGCGGUUUGCCUGACCGCUCAGAAAUGGGCGGCUUUUUAUGUAACAUAGAAGGAUCUGUAAUCUCGCUUUACUUUUGUUUCAGAUUUUUGUUUUUCUUGCAAUUACGUGGAAUUAAAUGCUUUUUGUACUGUGA